AUGACGCAGGCCACUUUGCUGCUUGGUCUGGGUCUGUUGCAUCUUGGGUCGUGGAAACGUAUGCAAGCGUACCUGAUGGUUCAGGAACUGCGAAAUCCACGUGACGACACGCAGGACGCUGCGGCAUGCCGAGAAGCGAACGCUUUAUCCGCAGGCUUUUCGUUCGGGCUGAUCAUACUCGCCAGCCGUACGAACGUGGUAGCCAAACCGGGCGAGGUGCACAGAGACGUUGAGGGCAGUCGUCGAUGUCACCGGAGAAUCUCAUCGACCACUCCUCACGCCUGCUGGGUCAAUGUCCAUAGCGUACACGUCACCGAAAUCAACGUGACCUGA